AUGACCGCCAGUAGCUUGGGAAACGCUGGAGACGUUCUCCUCGAUCCACAAGAGCCCGGAAAGUCGGGGGCCAAGUCAGGCCUCUCGAUGACCCGAGCAAUACGAGAUGGGAAGACAGGAAAACAACAGACCAAAGGUUACGAAACAGGAAACAUGUACCUUGGGAAAAAUAACGGACAGUAAAGUAAACCGGUAAACCGGCCUGAAAGGGGCCAAGAACCAAGCAUGACAUAGAAAUAACUAACCAGACCCAAAAUGGAUACUGGAUAUGCAGCUAAAGGAUAGUUGCUAAAGGUAAGGGAUUGCCGUGAUCCCCUGUUGGCGUCUGAGUACUGGUCCUUGUAUGUGUAUGAGAGCGAAACUCUCCAUGGAGAUGUGCCACCGCUGGGCUGAAGCCAACCGUGGUUGCCCGCCUGGGAACUUAGUAGAAGCCUUGCCCCUCAGGGCGUGAUGUUUAGGGCCUUCACCCUUCCAAUCAUAUUGAUGUGCAUGUAUACCGGUGACACCUCCGGGAAUAUGGCAGUCAUGUCAAUAGUGGGUACUGGGCUUUCCUCAUUAACAUUCCCUGAGGCCUGUGGUCAAAAUGGGGGGUUCGGGCACGGACUAACGUUGGCCUAUCGAUAGGCCACAGACAGAGCUGGCCAAACUGAUGAGGACAGACAUAGCAGACCGAUUAAUGGGGCACAGGUCUAGCAGGCCUAUCAGUGGGGCACAGGUCUAGCAGGCCUAUCAGUGGGGCAUAGACAUAGCAGGCCAAUUAAUGAGGCACAGACAUAGCAGGCCAAUCAGUGGGGCACAGACAUAGCAGGCCAAUCAGUGGGCACAGACAUAGCAGGCCAAUCCAUGGGGCACGGACAAAGCGGGCCACUCACAGGAGUUGUGUUCUGUCAGCAGCAGGGGAACAAUCUGCAUGGGUAGAGCUCCAUAUAUAUAAAUAUAUAUAUAUCUAGGGGGUAAUUAGGUGCACAACCCCUUGAAAUACUAAACCUUUCCGGUAGUGUGAGUGUGUGCUAAGCUGAUGUUGUGCAUGUUGCCUAUUGCUGUGGCCAAAUGCAGAUUCUAACUUUUAUUUAUUAUUCAGUUAUAGUGAAUUAAAAGUAUCCCAAAAAAAUAGCUGAACUGGAAGAACUCUGCAUUUCGUCUUUGUUUUGAGUUCAGCUACUUUAAAGUGAACAUUUUAAUUGACUUUAAUUCUGACAAUUCUCAGUUUAGUUAAUAACCCUGUCUGAGAAGCUUAGAGUGAUGGGUGUGGACAUACAUUAGAAAUCCAGAAUGAGAUGGAUUUGGUGGUUGCUGGUUCUAGGGUUGAUAUGUCUGUGCAGAUCAUGGCUGUAAUGGGAGAAGAUGGCGAGUGUUAUAGAAAAGGUUCUGGUUACGCUGUUACAGUUACAGUGUGCAAUAGGUAUCGUUCUAUCUACUGUCCUGAUCCAGUGGAACAGACGCUAUUUUUAUUUUAUUUAUUAAUGAACAAAGUAUGACAUUUAAACUCACUGAAUAUUUCCUUAUUAAGGAAUAAAUUGUAUCUAUUUUUCGAUUUUAAGGGAGUUUUACUUAGUAAGAUAUUAAAAUAAUAGCAACUUUCCUCUGAAAAAUAUAUAUUUUAAUAAGAUAGACCAUCUGUGUAUUCCUUUAUUUCAUGUAAAUAAGUCAAUAAAAAGAUCAAAAUUUCAAUCUAUACAGGAAAUUUCUUAAGGACUAUUAAAAAAUUACUAUCUGCAUAAAAUAAAGGAACACAGAAAGAACAAUAAUGCGGGCAAAUAAAUAUAUAUAUAAAAUGUGUGGGAAAAGUAUUUGAUCCUCUGCUGAUUUUGAACGUUUGCUCACUGACAAAGAAAUGAUCAGUCUAUAAUUCUAAUGGUACGUGUAUUUUAACAGUGAGAGACAGAAUAACAAAAAAAAUAAUCCAGAUGUCUGACGUUUGGCAACUCGAAUCUUCAGCUCCCUCAACAGAUUUUAUAUGGGAUAAAGGUCUGGAGACUGGCUAGGCCACUCCAAGACAUUAAUGUGCUUCUUCUUGAGCCUCUCCUUUGUUGCCUCGGCUGUGUGUUUUGGGUCAUUGUCAUGCUGGAAUACCCAUCCACGACCCAUUUUUAAUGCCCUGGCUGAGGGAAGGAGUUUCUCACCUAAGAUUUGACGGUGCAUGGCCCCGUCCAUCGUCCCUUUGAUGUGGUGCAGUUGUCCUGUCCCUUCAGCAGAAAAACAACCCCAAAACAUAAUGUUUCCACUUCCAUGUUUGACCUGGGGUUGGGUUCUUAGGGUCAUAGGCAGUAUUCCGCCUCCUCCAAACACGGCAAGUUGAGUUGAUGCCAAAGAGCUCGAUUUUGGUCUCCUCUGACCAUAACACUUUCACCCAGUUCUCCUCUGAAUCAUUCAGAUGUUCAUUGGCAAACUUUAGAUGGGCCUGUACAUGUGCUUUCUUGAGUAGGGGGACCUUGUGGGCGCUGCAGGAUUUCAGUCCUUUACGGCAUAGUGUGUGUGAAGGACUUUUAUGCAAUUGCCUAUAUGCUUCAGUUUAAUCCUCUCCCUGCUAUUUUAAUGUCUAUAUUGUUUGGUUCCAAAUGUUGAGAAUGAAUGUAUUCGUGUACCGAACGGGGACCACACACCCUGGGUAGCAAGUAGCAAUUAGAACACAGAGAAAACCGCAACUUAAUUGCUACUAGGUGGCCGCCAUUCGACAUACGAACACGUGGCGAGAACAAAGGAUGGCGGCCAUCUUAAAACUCACGAAUGCGGUCAGCGGGGCUUACGCAUGAAUUGCAUGGAACUGUUUUCGGUACGGGAAACAUGCGAACGCCCGGUCCCCCAUGGAAGUCCUGGAUGAAUACGUUCCCCUCCACUAAUCAAACUGGCGUUCGGUAGAUAGUAUCUACCGAAUGAGAGGAACGUUCACAGGUAACCAGCUGAACCAUACGAACGGUAGUUUUCGUGUAGUUAGAUGCGAACGGAGACCGGCUCUUGCUACUGAUUCUAUGGAACUGUAACCCGGAUACCUCCACAUGGCAAGCCGGUCAAACUUCCACACGAUGCGACACGGAAACUACCGAACGGAAAUUCGUGAGAUUUGGAUAUGUGACUACCAGUAUCCUCAGCUAUCCAGGGAUGUUAAAAGUAUAAUUGUAUGUCUUAUAGAAAGUAUGUUUCUGAAAUUGUUAUAAAUUGUAAUGUUUCUGGCCAGCAGAUAAUUGAGCUUUGUGUAUUGUAGAAACUCAAUUAUCUAGCCUGGCCCAGAGGAGGAGUUUUGUGUUGCAUAAAUUGUGAGUUCUGUGUGCCAGUAAAUCAGUCUUGUUCCAGCAUUAAGCUUUGGCUCAUGUGUGGAUUAUUCGGCGAUUCCAGGGAUAUUUCUGCUUAUGGAAUAUUGAGUGCUUUUCUUUUAUGGGAAGAAGGGAAUGCUUGACGGGGAUAUUUUCUACUACCGUCACAGUGUGUUACCAAAGGUUUUCUUGGUGACUAUGGUCCUAGCUGCUUCGAGAUCAUUAACAAAAUCCUCCUGUGUAGUUCUGGGCUGAUUCCUCACUAUUCACUGAAACUCCACAAAGUGAGAUCUUGCAUGAAGCACCAUACCGAGGGAGACUGACGGUUAUUUUGUGUUUCUUCCAUUUGCGAAUAAUCGCAACAACUGCUGUCACCUUCUUAUCAAAUUGUUUGGCGAUGGUCUUGUAACCCAUUGCAGCCUUGUGUAGGUCUACAAUCUUGUCCCUGAUAUCCUUGGACAGCUCUUUGGUCUUGGCCAUGGUGGAGAGUUUGGAAUCUUAUUGAUUGCUUCUGUGGACAGGUAUGUUUUAUACAGGUAAAGAGCUGAGAUUAGGAGCACUCCCUUUAAGAGCGUUCUCCUAAUCUCAUCUCAUUACCUGUAUAAAAGACACAUGGGAGCCAGAAAUCUUGCUGAUUGAUAGGUGAUCAAAUACAUUUCACUCAUUGACAUGCAAAUCAAUUUAUAACUUUGUUGACAUUAAUUUUUCUUGAUUUUUUUUUUGUUCUGUCUCUCACUGUUAAAAUACACAUAACAUUAGGAAUUAUAGACUGAUCAUUUCUUUGUCAGUGGACAAAUGUUCAAAAGCAGCAGGGGAUUACACACUUUUGUUUCCCCCUCCUAGCAUGUGUAUAUAUAUUUAUCAGUAAUUUCCAAUGGGGAAUGCAUUUUAUUUAUAUUUUUAAGUAAUUAGGGCAUUUCCUCCUAUACUGAGUAUAGAAAGGCAGAGGUAGCUACAGAUAGCCUGAUUGUUCGUUGUGACAUCACUGUGACAUCAUACUUGCUGAGCACAGUUCAGUCAGUACACACUGCUUAGACAGUAGACACUGCUUAGCUGCUGUGGUGAUCACGUGGCUAAAGAUGGCAAAUAGUAGAACAGUUUUUUCGUGUUUUCCAUGUUUAUGCUGUGAUGUAAGUAAAAGACUUGAUUUUCUGUAUAAGAUUCCAGUUCUACAUAUAAUUAACUGAGAGUUUUAUCAUGUUAACCAAAUCCCCAGUGUAGUCCAGGAUGGGGGGAUAAAGAGAAUACAGAUUGAUAUCUGUUUAUUAAUGGGGAACACUGUGGAGGUUACACACAGAUAUAUCAUUUUAUUCUUUCUUCAAUAUUUAACCCUUUCAUGGCUCUAGUUUUAAUGUCCAAACCACAGUGACAGCAUAUGGUUACUGUAUGGGUUUUUGUGGUAUAGAUUCCUUGACCCUUAUUAAUUUCAAUUACUGGUAUGUCAUGUGAAAGUACUAUAGAGUAUUGUUAUUAGGAUGCUUACACACACACAUAUCCUGUAUAUGUAUAUAAUAAAUAAAUCCGGACUGAAAGACUGCACUGAGACACUAAUACUAGCAGCACAGGAACAGGCAGUCGGCCCCAGAUCAAUAGAAGGAGAGUCUACCACACCAGACAGGACCAGAGAGUCCUCCCAGACAAUCCAGCACAUAGUAACCACACUGAGAGCCACAAAUAACUUGUGAUCCUGUUCGUCUGGCAAAGAGACUUCGUGGUUUUCUGAUUCUUUUUAUUUCUGCCUUUUCAGGUUAGCGGAACGCGAGUAAUUGAUGUUAUCGAGCAAGGAGCAGGGGAACACCCAGGUACAUUAAAACACUUUGUGUGUGUUAUGUAAAUGUAUAAAUAUAUAUUGGAUACAUAUCACAUAUCCCAUUAAAGUGACCAGAUUACCCAUCAUUAACCUGCUUACACCAUUUUUAUAUCCACUUUGUGACUUACUGUAGACUAGAUGCUGCUAUCAUGACUGGCUUCAGCUAUCGUGGUUUUGCUUUUCAAUGUCUGUCUUUCAUUACCCUCGAUUCAGUGAUACUGUCUGCUGCCAUUUGUAAUUUUGAUUUUGUCUUAUUAUUAAUUUGCAGAUGGUCCCCAGAUUCCAGUGGCUUCUGAUAAUGAUUCAUGCUCCUCACCAGAUGAGGACAAGUUAGCCACUUUUGAGAAACAACUCGAAGAUGAGUACAAAGUUAAGAGCAAAGCAGAGAAGCUGAUAAAGGCGUAUUCUACCGGCCGCUCCAAAGUAUGUUGGGCACAUUUUAUUUCAUCCUAAAGAUCAACUAUAUCUUUAUUAAUUUAAAUUUUAGAAAACUCCUUCCACUUUCUGCAAUGUAUGACUUUUUCCCAAUCAUGAUGGCAUUUAGCUAAUUUUAGUUGAUAGCAGGCUGGGGAUCCGGGAGCUGAUGGGGAUCCGGGAGCUGAUGAAAUUAAAAUACAUCAUUUUGUGGAGUUCGCCUACGGCUCUCUCUCAGCUGAAUAGUACAAGGCUCUUCCUUCCACUUGAUCAGCCAUGAAGCACUUUUCACAAUUUUAAGUGCAAAGAUUUACACAACUCUCUCGUUUUAGUUUGAUUCAAUAUAUUUACAGGACAUAUUGGGGGGUGAAUGGAUGGUAAAAGAGAAAUGAGAAACAAAACCGUGGGUGAGAAAAAAACAUGGAAAGACAUGAUAGCAAAGGAUAUAAAGGAUGUACAAGGAAUAGGCAGCCAUAUGUAAAUACCAUAAGAGUGAAUGAAAGUAAAAUAUAGGAUAAAUUGAAACGUCCCAGAGAGCACAUUCUGUCUAAUUAGAAGGGGCCGGCAUUUCAGAUAAGGUAGGGAUCAGGGUGAUUGGGAAACGAGUAUUCCCUAACAUCCUCUCCAUCUACCAUGAUGUCUUAAAAUGUUUGUUAAUAGGGGAGGGGUACAAUAUGUUGAUGUACAGCUUCCACAUUUGCAAAAUCCUUUUUGUUAGCUUUCAUUUUGCCUUUGUUGUAAAUAGUGUGUCCGUUCUGAAAAUAUGAAGUAAUUUGGUGGUAAAGAGAGAACUGUAUUAAAUCUCUAGGUGAAGACCAACAAUAGAGGAGAGGAGAAAUGCAAGGAACAUUACAGUGUUAGAAAUACAAACCUGUAUCCCUAAUGCUGCGGUGCCCUUGUCCCUAGUCAAAUACAAGAAACCAAGAGGGAGACACUCACCUAAACAUGCAUACUUAUAAGGGUGCUGCUGGGGCCAAUUCAUACAACAUACAAGAUCCAGCGCACUCACUCAUUCACUAAACAAUAAUUUAUGUAUUAACAGUUUUAUUUAGAAGCACCUCACCUAGUCAUAAAUAAUGGGGAUUAGUUGCAUUAUAUGAUCAUACGUUGUAUAAGCCUGCCACAACUCCGAUGUUUUUGCCUAGGAGAGGUGUUGUUAGAUAAAACUGCUACAUUUUGUGAACCUUGAGAUUGCUGUUUAUUGAAUGGGUACGUGUGCGGAACUGGCCCCAGCAGCACCCUUAUAAGUAUGCAUGUUCGGGUAUAAGUAUAUGUAUAUAUAUAUAUAUAUAUUACACAAGAUCCAGUGCACUCACCUAUCCACUAAACAACAACUUCAAUGUUGACAGAUUUUAUAUAUAUAUAUCGAGAGAGAGAGAGAGAGUCCAGGCCAUCAACUCGGUUUUGCACCCCUCCCUGUCUCAGGUACAUAAUUCCAGGGCCUUAUUUAACCUUGACCUGCAGAGAGUCCCAGGAGGCAGCAGUUCCCAUGUAAGUUGAUUAAUCUCAUAAGAGCAUACAUUAGGUUGCUAGAGUAGGACCUGCCAAGAAUGGGGUACAUUGACAUUGUGGCAGGCUUAUGCAAUGUAUGAUCAUAUACUGUAACUAAAUUCCCAUUAUUUUUGCCCAGGUUAGGUGUUUUUAAAUACAACUACUACAUUAUAUGAGCCUUGAGAUUGCUGUUUGGUGAAUGGGUGAGUGCGCUGGAUCUUAGUUAAAUACAUGUCAUCGUCCCCCUCCCCUCACGUGCAAUAAAAAAUAACAAUAAUAAAGUUUCACUUACCUUCUCCACCUCUCUACAUCCCGCAACAUCAGUGAGGAAACAUGGCAUCAUUCUUGGUGGUCCAAUCCAAUGUUCCUCCUGGGGUGCAUUGGAGAUCUGAUGCUUUCCUAUGAGCUUCCGCGACACAUGACCGAUUUUUACUUGUUGCUGUGGAAGCACCUCUAAACAUUGUCAGUAUGGCAGCCUUUAAGGGUGAAUUUAACCUAACAAUAAUUUCUAAAAAACCUGCACUGUUGUACAUUGCAGGAUUAGAAGGGAAAGGAACUCUGCACCCAGGCCAUUUCACUGAGAUGAAGUGCCUUGGUGACUUCAUUGUCCCUUUAAAAGGCUUUUAAGGGACAGUGAAAAUUAAACUUAGCUCAUGUAUACAUGGCGGUUCGGGGGUAAUAAACCUAAAAGUCCAGUCUCUGUUUAUCUUAAUUAUCCAUUUGAUUUUUCUGAUUACAGGAUCAGAAACAUCUCCGUGAUGCUCAGAAAAUACUCCAUGACAGCAAAAGAAAAAUAGAAAUUUUGCGCAUGUUGAUUCUCCAACAUAAAGGUAAAGGUUCAGUGAUGCCAUAUGUUCUGUGUAUUGUGAAACAAAGAAACAGUAUUUUAAGUUUUUGAGGGGUUUAGCUUGGGGAGGUUUGUUGUUUUUCUGUCAAAAAUAAUUUAAUGGGUUCCAGCUGCUAUUAAAUGUGGUGAUCUAUGUGUCAGGCGUGAAGGUAGGGUGCGCAUGAAUGUGGUUUGUGUUCUGCUCUCUUAUAGAAAGCUAUGAGAGAGCUGUAUAUAUCCCAUAGUCCUCUGCACACUAAGGGUUUAUGGGGAAACACAGCUCUUGGAAAUGUCAGACAAAGGGAAUACAGCUAUGAUUCAUGUUAUUUCUUACAUUAUUUGCAAAAAUUUUAGAAAAUAAUGCUUGCAAGAAACCUUAUAAGACAAGUUAUUCCAAAAUGGUUGUCUAACAUGUCCCUUUAACCCCUUAAGGACACAGCUUCAAAAGCUUGUCUUACCCUUAAGGACACAAGCUAUUUUUGCAUUUUUUUGCUCUUUGUCUUUAAAUUCGAUUUGCAUCUCUGUCAUUUAUUGCACCAACACAUAAUAUAUACAGUUUUUUUAGAGGGCAAAAGGGGCUUUAAUUUGAUGUCACAUAUACAUAGAUAAAUUCUGAUUAAUUAUUAAAACAAAAUGCCAAAAAAAUGGAAAAAAAAUAAAUACAUUUCACACUUUUGGCAAUGAUAGCGUGCAUAAUAUGUACAGCUUACAAAAAGUAAUUCACAAUAAAUUCCUCUAUGCAUCUUGAGUUAUAGACUACAUUAUACGUGUAGGAUUUCAGCUUAUUAUGAAAGUUACAGGACACAAAAUCAAUGUGAAACAAUGUGAAACAAUUUUAGAAGUUGGUAGGUUUGUCUUGUAGGUUUAGUAGCCAUCACAGAAAACAAAAUUGCCACAGAAGAGUAUAUAUUUAAAUAAAGUAGAUAUCACAGGCUAUUUACCCACAGUUCUUUUGACACUUUUAACGUAGUGAUUUCAUCGCCAAUCACUGCUAAAUAUUGGAGUAAAAGUGUGUUUUUUUCUCUAUUUUGGCAUAUACACCUAUAACAAGGUUUUUGUAAUGUGUAUUUCGUAAAGCUGGUAUGUGCUAUUGUGUUCAGCUACAUCUGCUGAGUAUAACGAUUUCCCCAUUGUAUGCCUAUGGCACUAUUCUGUAAAUCUACAAUGCCAUAUAAGAGACAAGGCUAUUUCAGUUUCUAUAAUUAGAAUUUUCAUAGAUGGAUUUGACGGGCCUAUGUCUCAUUUUGGAGUAUUAUAGCAGUUUGACUGUUUAAAUAACCCCACAAAGGGCUUUCAUUUGAUAAAGCAGAUACCCCAGGGUAUUUUAUAUGGUGUAUAUUGUGCCCAAACUUGUCACCAUUUUUUCACAAAUUUAUGUCAUUGUUUGUGGUGAAAGGAAAAAAAUUGCUUUUUUACAUACAUGUUGCAUUUUGUCAGAGUAUUUCUUACACUUGAUAUGUGUCACUGUCAUAAUAUCCCCAAAAUUAUGCUCAGUUACAUCUUCCAAUAUGCCCAAUGUAUGACCUAGACACUAUUUUGUGAUGUUAAAGUGCUGUAAACGAGACGUGACAAGUUCAGGUUUUUAAGUGUGAAUUGUCAUGGAGUUUUGAUGCGUCCGUGUUCCACUUUGGAGCUCUUUAGCAGGCUAGCUAGCCUAACGCCAAAUUCACCAAUUCCCCACUAACUUCCACCCAUCCCAGCUAGCUAAAUAUAUAAUUUAAAAAUAUUUAAAUUAAUUAAUAGACUAAAUGUAACCCCUGCGGAUAAAAAAAAAAUAAAAAAAAAAUUAACCAUCAGGGGUUAAAAAAUAAAAAUCAGAUGACCGUAAAAAAUUUAAUUAAAGCAGGUGGAAGGGGGUGGGAUUUAACUUAAAAACUUUAUUUAUUUACCGGGAGAAGCAGAUCAUCUCUGAUCCGUCUCCAUGCACUUCACAUUGGCUGCGGAAGAGUAAGAGGCUGUCAGAGCGAUCACAGCUGCAGGGACAGCGCGAUCGGGGCUCCCGGUCUGCCCUGAAUACAGAGACAGACCAGAGGAACGUUAACCCCGCGAUUGUGGCACUCCGGGGUUAACUUUAGUAAAUGACGGACCUUUUCCAUCAAGGGUCCUUUACGCAAGGACAAGCUUGACGGAAAAUUUCCGUCUUUGGUCGGGAAGCGGUUAAAAUGCUUUGUGUUUGAAACAGUGCACUGAGACAUAUAGAAAUAUGGAGAGAAACCUUAUAGAAAUUACCCAUUUAAUACUGUGACACCUGAAACUACCAUGUCGAUUUCCUUUUUUUUCCAUUAAUAUAAUAAUUUGUGUCCUAGCAACACCUGCAAUAAGUCCAUUGGAGAAACGCAUUGAGGAGUUGAGCCACCGAUUUGUGAUCGAGCGUGCCGUGGCUGAAGGAGCCAAACAUGCCAUCCAGAAAUUGGAUGGAAAGCCGCUUGUUGAGGUCAGUUACAAAGUGUAUUCUCUUAACCAUUUCAUCCCCAGAAUGAAUAAUGGGCUUCCAAUGUGUGUCAAGGGGUUGGAAAUUACAGUUUAUUGGCAUUAGCCAAGUAGCCAUGGUAUAUUAUUAUGACUUAUAAAGCGCCAACAAAAUCUGCUUUAUGAAUAAUUUAUAAAUGUUAAAUUUAUAUUCUCUCUUCUGAGACUUUAAUUGUUUGAAGUUUUUAUUGGACCAUUAGUUUUGUAUUUUAUUCUGUCUCUAUGAUGCUUUAUUUAAAAUUCUCCCAAUUGUUUAAUUCCCAUUAGUUUUAUUAGAAGCCAAUAUCAAUCUAUGGAAAUCCGUGCUAACUAGUUUUUUCUUUUCCAUUCAGCAUUUAAGUUAAAUACAGGGUUUUUUUCAAUAAACUGACUUGUAGGAAACUAAAAUCUGAAUUACAAAACUGAGACAAACCUAGAGAAGCUCUGACUAAAGCCGAGAUGGAAUUUCUCCAGAUCACUAUUUUUAGUUUAAAUAUUUGAAGUUCAGAUUUUGAUUUGCUACAAUUCAGACUUUAGUGAUUAAUCCUGAGUUUUUAUACAUUGAACAUGACGUGGAAUUAUAACACCAUGUAUAAAUGCAAUGGAAGUAUGAGCCACACUUGUAGGACUUAUGUGUCUAACCUUGAACAUCAGCUCAUGUUGGACAGCAACUUCCAGAUAUAUUCUUGCCAGCAGAUAAUGUAUGUUGUUCUGUUGAUCCUUCAUCUUUUUUUCCACUUUUUUUUAACAGGCACAAUCAAUACUACAGGAGUCAAAUGAAAAGCUGGACCUCCUUAAAUAUUCCUUGGAGGAACGAGUGAAAGAACUUCCUGAUGGCCACCAUAGGAAGAGUAUAACCACCGAGGAACUGUCCCUUGGUUCAGUCAAAUCCAAGUUCAUAGCACUAACGGGUAAGUUAUUUUGUCUCUGAAAGAUCUGUGAAUAAACUAAACAAGUACACUGCUCAAAAAAAUAAUGGGGGGGGGCGUGGCUAGCCACGGAGCAAGAUGGCAGCAUGAAAACUUGCUCCGGCAACAGGGCACCCAAUCCAGCAUAAUCCAACCGCCUAAAGCUGCAUCCAACAACAUAGACCAGCAAUGUCCCACCACAAAAGUAAUCGGUAAAGCCGGAUAAGCUCAAUUUUUUUUAGCCAGAAACAAACUUCUGCGGCCCUGGCUACGCAGGCCUCAAAAGCAGCCGAGGACCCUGAAUCGGACGACGGCAUGCAUGAUACCGAAUCGGAGGCAAAAUCAGACACAACACAGAUCACUAAAGCCGACCUCACAGCAGCCCUGGAGGUAUUAUCUGCUAAACUAAUCACCACAUGGCAACACACAGCAGACUCCCUACGGAAGGACAUCCAGGAGCUGGGGAAACGGACGACGCACAUGGAGGAUAAAUGCGAUGAAUUCGCCACGGCGCACAAUGAUCUGGCCACGAACGUAGAGCGCAUAGCAGCAAAGAUCUCCAUUAUGGAAGAAAAAAUGGCGGACAUGGAGGACCGGUCCCGCCGGAAUAAUCUACGCUUGUGGGGAGUCCCUGAGGAUGUUACUAAUGACGACCUGCCGGCUUAUGUCAGGAACCUCCUGCACGCCCAUGCACCGGAGAUACCUACAGAUAUGCUGCUGGUAGAUCGGGCUCACCGCAUUCCGAAACCCCGUCAUCUCCCACAAACGGUACCGCGGGACAUACUAUUGCGGGCGCACUAUUUCCACAUAAAGGAACACAUUCUCCGGAGCAGCAGGCUGAGAGCUAAGCCGCCGGCCGACUACCCAACGGUCAAAAUCUAUGCGGAUCUAUCAGCCGCAACACUACGGAAAAGGAAAGACUUCCUCCAAGUUACCAGCACGUUGAGGUCCCACGGCAUAAGGUAUAGGUGGGGAUUCCCCACAAAAUUGAUCGUUACGCAAAAUGGAGACACGGUGGUGAUAAACUCCCCUGACGACGGCCUGAAGAAACUCCAGGCCUGGAACCUGCCGGUGGAGCCGCCUAUCCUGCAUACAAGAAAGGCGGGCGCACUCAAACCGGACUGGGAAAAAGCCCACGGGAAACACUGAAACCAGACGGUAUCUGGUACGCAGGCGAAAGCCCCUUCGGAUAUACACUGCCCACAUAAUGUCCCGGAUACGCACCUGAAGUGCCUCCUUUCAAUAUGGCGACCCUGGAACGCACAACAAAAGCUGGACAGGAACCGGUAACUGGGGACCCCGAUGGAUAGGUGACUCUGGAUCGGGGCCUCCCGCUGACCCUGUGACGAAGCGUGCGCAGAGCAGUGGAUUCCCGCGGGGGUCCCCGGUCUGGACUAAUACCAUGAGUUGAUGGGCUUUCCUCCCCCCCCUCCCCCCCAUCUUGCCUUCACUUCCCCCCGGGUCCGGGUGAGCAGCAACCGGGGCAGCCUCCAACUCAGGUGAAGUCAGACAGGCUAUUUGGGAGAUGGGAAGCAUGACACCACAACCUGAGGCCUAAGGUGGACCAUGAGACUUUGGAGCUGCUGAGGCAGGCUGCAGAACUAAAGCGUUACACGCUCCUACUAACAGGUCUAAUGGGACAAUGGGACACUGGGGCCCGGGUGGGAGAUGGGGUGAUUCCUGGGAAAUGUUUCUUGGUCGUUGGGAUGGGGGAGGCGGGAGAUGGGCGGGAAGGCUGGACGGCUAGCAAGGUAAAAUAGUUACUGCAGGUUAUGUUUUUUACUUAGAAUGUAUGUGCUAUAGUUGACUGUUAAUAUACAUGUACAUAGGGCCCCUCUGUGCCAACGUUAGCACUCACGGCAGGUCUUUCAGCACAUAGGGCCAGACCAGCCAAAACGGAUGGCAUGUCAAUGUACUCUCUAACUCAGACGAGGACGUCUGGCCCCGGCCGCUCUCAGCCUGUCGCACCCUCAUCGGGAUCACAUCCAAGGGCCCUGAUCGGUCCAUAGGCCCUGAUUGGCCCAAUCGCAUACUAGAAGCAGCCCACAGACAUAAGUCAUAAGGGUGCCCAAUAGCCACGUUAAUGAAAGGAUCCUUUCUUUCUUACCCCCCAGAUGUGGUUCAUCCACAUAAAUUCCUUGAAAGGAAUACUCUGUACAUAGUUUUUACACCUUCCCCUAGUUCUCCUCCCCUAAUCCCACAUCCCCACGGUCGGCCACUAAUUACAAAUGGAACUAAUGCAUCUCCAAACUCAUACUACUACUUAAUGGCGCACAUUAUGCAAUGCUACGCCAAUGUUAUACUAGAACCAACAGGCAAAACAGCCGCACAAUACCCCCAUUCCCAACGCGGGGGCCACAUCAGACAAGGACAAGUGAGACCUAGACAGCUACACUAUAUAACCCUCCCAUAGUAUGAGAAUACAAACUAUUAAUGCACGUGGACUGAACACCCCACACAAAAGGAGACUCUGCAUUGAGGACGCGAAGCGUGCUAAAGCAGAUAUCUUAUGCGUCCAAGAAACUCACUUUGCACACAACAGAGUGCCCAGAUUUGCAGACAGAGAAUACCCCACACAAUAUCACUCGACAUACUCCUCUAAAUCGAGGGGCGUCUCCCUCUUCAUACACACCUCAAUAGCAUUCGAACUUCUCCGCCUCAAAAAAGACACACAAGGCAGGUAUCUUAUACUACACGGUAAAAUCAACGACACCCUAUACACAAUAGUGGGACUGUAUGGACCAAACAAUAAUCAAAGAAACUUCCUACAGAAAGUACUGAAUAAACUACCUAACACACACCAAUCAUCCACAAUCAUAUGCGGGGACUUAAAUCACAUCAUGCAACCCCGAUUAGACACUACACUGUCGGAAACAACACCCAGGAGCAAAACACAGGGUAAACAGGCUAUAGCACUCACAAAGCUCAUCUCCGAACACGGGCUUUAUGAUAUUUGGAGGACACAGCAUCCGAAUGAACGGGAAUUCACAUUUUAUUCACCUGUACAUAAAACAUACACAAGAAUUUACUUUAUUCUAAUUUCGGGCGACAUGUUACCAAUGGCAACGCAUAGUGAGAUAGGAAACAUAAUCUUGUCGGAUCAUGCACCAGUACAACUUACCCUGAGGGACAAAUUUCAGACCAGAGGGGCGACACUUUGGCGCCUAAACGACACUGUCCUACUUAACCAAGAAUUUAAAACCAAACUUAACAAAGAGAUACUUUCGUUCUUUACCUUAAACGAAACACCCGAUGUCUCACUGGCCACAACAUGGCAAACACAUAAGGCAGUCAUACGGGGCCUCCUGAUUAGCCAGGCAUCCCACCUGAACAAGCAAGCAAAGAAAGAGUAUAUAGACCUCCUGAGGUCACUUAGGGACAAAACAUCGGCACAUAUCAUGCACCCAUCCCCCUCCACACAGCAGCGCAUAGCCCAGCUUCAAGGGAAGCUGAAUGACAUACACCUGCGCACCACAGCCACCAUAUCACAUAGAUUGAAACUCAAAACAUACACCCAGGGAAACAAGGCAGGGAAGGCACUGGCAGCACUUCUGUGACAGAAAUGGCAAAAUGCAAAAAUCCCAUUUCUAUUGAACGCUAUAGGCAAUAAAAUGUAUAGCCCACACUAUAUAAACAACGCGUUAGCGGACUACUAUGAUACGCUAUAUAACCUGAAAAGGGAUCAGCAGACACACCAGCCACUCCCAAAGGAGAUAGACGUGUUUUUAAUGGAAGUGCAGCUACCGAAACUAUCGCAGGCAGACCAGACUCUACUAGAAGCUCCCGUUACCCAAAAUGAAAUUGCAUGCAUUAUCAAAGCCCUCCCAAAAGGGAAGUCACCAGGCCCAGACGGCUUCACGAACUUAUACUAUAAAAUCUUCUCCCACAUUCUCACCCCCAAAUUAGAAAAACUAUACAACAAUAUUCUCACGACAGGCUCUAUACCAAGUGAAAUGCUGCUAGCCCGCAUAACCACACUGCCAAAACCAGGGAAACCUCCAACUAAAUGCCAGAAUCUGCGUCCUAUAUCGCUACUAAACACUGAUUUAAAAAUAUUAGCGAAAAUUUACGCAAACAGGCUAGGAAACAUAUUACCAACCCUGAUUCGAGAUGAUCAAGUGGGGUUUGUCCGGGGUAGGCAAGGCUCAGACGGAACCAGGAAACUGAUCAACAUUCUGCACAGGAUCCAGAAAACCGGGACCCCUAGUGUGGCACUGUCACUAGACGCUGAGAAGGCGUUUGACAGGCUGCACUGGGGAUACCUGGAGGCUGUGCUACGGAAACUCGCAUUUCCCGAGUGCUUCAUCACACUAGUCUCGGCACUAUAUGACAACCCGACAGCAAAAAUAGCCAACGGCGGGUUUACCUCCAAACCUUUCCACAUCUCAAAUGGGUCCAGACAGGGCUGCCCACUCUCACCUUUACUAUAUAUACUAGCACUAGAACCCCUGGCUCAACACAUUAGGGAGUCACAUGAGGUCCAUGGAAUACAAAUAGGGGGAGAAACACACAAAAUCACCCUGUUUGCUGACGAUGUAAUGCUCACACUGUCUAAACCUGACAUCUCUCUGCCACGGCUUCGAACUAUACUAACAAAAUUUAGCAACUGCUCAUACUACAAGCUCAAUGUUACCAAGACACAAGCUAUGGGCCUCAACGUUCCUAAAGCACAACUUACCCACCUACAAAGCACACACACAUACGACUGGCGAUCUGACCAUUUAACCUUCCUAGGUAUAGAUCUCACACCCAAGACUCAAACGCUGUAUAAAGCGAACUAUUUAAAACUCCUUAGCGCAAUUAAACAACAACUACAUAGCUGGAAAGGGAAAUACAUCUCAUGGCCAGGCAGAAUAGCGGCAGUUAAAAUGAUGGUACUACCAAGACUACAGUACUUAUUCAGAACACUCCAAAUACAGCUACCAUGCCAGUUCUUUAAAGACGUACAGCACUCCCUAAAUCAAUUCAUAUGGGAUGGGAAGCGACCUAGAAUGGCGGCCGACACCAUGUAUAGGCCCUUCAAGGAGGGAGGAAUGGGGGCCCCUGAGAUCGCAAACUAUUACACGGCUGCCAUGAUGAGCACACUCAUAUCCUCCUUCCACCACACAAUACCACCGAAGUGGAGUCAUAUGGAAACCGCAAACACGGGCGGACUCUCGAUGUCCACCCUUGCUUGGAUACCUAGGCAUCUGAGACCAAAAUACCCAGAUAUAUGCCCAACCACGAGGGCCACACUCCUCCUAUGGGACAAGUACACCAAGAAACACUAUCCCGCCUCAUACAUAUCCCCAGCACUACAAAUUCCAGCAUUCCAACUCCUCAUUCCGGGGUUCGAUCAUGGCCUAUGGUGUAAACAUGGAGCCACACGCCUAUCGCACUUAAUGAGGGAUGGUCACCUAAUAGACUUUAGUACUCUAACCAACCAGUACAACCUACCUCCCAAAGCCUACUUCUCAUACUUAAAAUUGCAAUCAUGGGCGAGGAAGAAUAUAGGUCUAGAAGCUGCACAAACGCAACCACAGACACUGACAGAGAUAGAAAAAGUAUGUACAGCCCCAAAACCGCCACAGAAAAUGCUGUCACUCCUGUAUAAACUGACCAAAAAACAAGACCAACCACAGAAACUAAGUUUCAUGACGGCAUGGGAAAAAGACCUGAAUCUGACUAUACCCAAUGAGGUAUGGUCAAAAAUACUGUUAGCACACAAAAACCUCACACUAAAUGCAUCCCAUAUUGAGACUAGCAGGAAAGUGCUAUAUCGCUGGUACAUGGUACCCACCAGGCUGAGCAAAAUGGACCCAAGUAAGUCAGGGACAUGCUGGAGAUGCUUGCAGGAACCGGGGUCAAUGCUCCACAUAUGGUGGACCUGCCCAGGAAUUAGGCCCUUUUGGAAAAGCAUCUCGAAUAUCAUAACCGAAUCAACUGGCAAUACUCUGCCACACUCCCCAGAAACAUAUUUACUGCUAGCCCUGCCACACAAGCUCUCAAAAGCUGACAUGUACCUAACAUACCACAUUAUUAUCACAGCACUAAUGGCUAUAAGCAAGACCUGGUUGAGCACACACCCACCCAGCAUUCAACGAUGCCUAGAUAUGAUAGACACUACCCAAGGGUAUGAGAUAGAAGCUAGGCGAUUAAGGCCGACAAAUAAAGUCUGGCAAACAGCGUGGCAAACAUGGACAACAUGGCGACAAAAUGCCACACAUGACGGUAGUCAUAUCACCAGUUAACACUUGGAAACACUUCCAGAUGUUCCAAACCGACCCUCCCCUCCAUCCCACCUAUUCCCUCCUCUCCCCCCCCCCUACAAUAAUAGGGUGACACUUAGUCGUAAGACUAGGUUAGUUGUCAAAUUGCACUGGUGCAGAUGCAGGCCACUACGUUAAAAUGCUAUGGUACUAAGAUGUUGUGACUGGCCUCUCCAACAAGCUGUUGGGGAUCCCAAAUACUAGACGAAGUAUGGAACACUUCCUAAAGGUGUAUAAAGCGAAAAUGUAAUUGAUAUUCUGCAACUGUACAACUGUGUGCAUCUGUUACUACUAUUCUAAACUCAAUAAAAAAUAUUACACAAAAAAAAAAAAAUAAUGGGAACACUUAAACAACACAAUGUAACGCCAAGUCAAUCACACUUCUGUGAAAUCAAACUGUCCACUUAGGAAGCAACACUGAGUGACAAUCAAUUUCACAUGCUGUUGUGCAAAUGGGAUAGACAACAGGUGGAAAUUAUAGGCAAUUAGCAAGACACCUCCAAUAAAGGAGUGGUUCUGCAGGUGGUGACCACAGACCACUUCUCAGUUCCUAUGCUUCCUGGCUGAUAUUUGGUCACUUUUAAAUGCUGGCGGUACUUUCACUCUAGUGGUAGCAUGAGACGGAGUCUACAACCCACACAAGUGGCUCAGGUAGUGCAGCUCAUUCAGGAUGGCACAUCAAUGCGAGCUGUGGCAAGAAGGUUUGCUGUGUCUGUCAGCGUAGUGUCCAGAGCAUGGAGACGCUACCAGAAGACAGGCCAGUACAUCAGGAGACGUGGAGGAGGCCGUAGAAGGGCAACAACCCAGCAGCAGGACCGUUAUCUCUGCCUUUGUGCAAGGAGGAACAGGAGGAGCACUGCCAGAGCAAUGCAAAAUGACCUCCAGCAGGCCACAAAUGUGCAUGUGUCUGCUCAAACGGUCAGAAACAGACUCCAUGAGGGUGGUAUGAGGGCCCGACGUCCACAGGUGGGGGUUGUGCUUACAGCCCAACACUGUGCAGGACGUUUGGCAUUUGCCAGAGAACACCAAGAUUAUCAGAUUCGCCAAUGGCGCCCUGUGCUCCUUACAGAUGAAAGCAGGUUCACACUGAGCACAUGUGACAGAUGUGACAGAGUCUAAAGACGCCGUGGAGAACGUUCUGCUGCCUGCAACAUCCUCCAGCAUGACCGGUUUGGCAGUGGGUCAGUAAUGGUGUAGGGUGGCAUUUCUUUGGAGGCUACACAGCCCUCCAUGUGCUCGCCAGAGGUAGCCUGACUGCCAUUAGGUACCGAGAUGAGAUCCUCAGACCCCUUGUGAGACCAUAUUCUGGUGCGGUUGGCCCUGGGUUCCUCCUAAUGGAAGACAAUGCUAGACCUCAUGUGGCUGUAGUGUGUCAGCAGUUCCUGCAAGACGAAGGCAUUGAUGCUAUGGACUGGCCCGCCCGUUCCCCAGACCUGAAUCCAAUUAAGCACAUCUGGUACAUCGUGUCUCACUCCAUCCACCAACGUCACGUUGCACCACAGACUGUCCAGGAGUUGGCAGAUGCUUUAGUCCAGGUCUGGGAGGAGAUCCCUCGGGAGACCAUCCGCCACCUCAUCAGGAGCAUGCACAGGCGUUGUAGGGAGGUCAUACAGGCACGUGGAGGCCACACACACACUACUGAGCCUCUUUUUGACUUGUUUUAAGGACAUUAAAUCAAAGUUGGAUCAGCCUGUAGUGUGUUUUUCCACUUUAAUUUUGAGUGUGACUCCAAAUCCAGACCUCCAUGGGUUGGAAAAUGUGAUUUCCAUUUUUUCAUUUUUGUGUGAUUUUGUUGUCAGCACAUUCAACUAUGUAAAGAACAAAGUAUUUCAGAAGAAUAUUUAAUUCAUUCAGAUCUAGGAUGUGUUAUUUUUGUGUUCCCUUUAUUUUAUUUUUUAGCAGUGUAUAUUUAACAUUGAAAUAUCUGAGCAUGUUUCCAUCUGUGUGAAGUCUGACUGGAGGAAACUCGCAGUUAGUCUACUGAUAUUCCAGCAGGAUUUAUUCUAUGUGACGUGUGCAAGUUUAAAUGUGACCGGUGACAUUUUAAAUGAUAACAAUAUGUAACUCUUAGCAUUAUUCUUCCAAAUGUACUGAGCUAGCUUUCUGCAUAACUUUUAAUUGAGUGAAUUAUUAGCAUAAACUAAGUAAACAAGUUAAGCAUUACACUUUGAGGAAUACUUUACUAAUGGGCAAUUAGAUAAAUGACUUUACUUACUGUCUAAAACACAGUUUAUAAUAAUCUGAAUAUGUGAAAAUGACAUGUUACUGAGAAUUUGCCCAUUCUUGGUAUUCUCAUGAAUUCAGUUUUACUUUUUUUUAUUAUCUUAGAGUCCCACUAAGUGUAAAGGUUAAUCCAGACGUGGACUCCUUGUUCACUUUGCAUAGAGGGGUUCCAACUUGUGUAGCGUGGACUUAUUGCAUUCUGGUUCUGAAUUACUCCUGUGAGUGUUUAGAAAUAUCUAAUAAUGCAAAUAGUAUAGGUUUCCUCUCUAAUGGCACCAGUGAGAUAAACCUUGUCUGAGUACCAAGCAGGGACUAACUGACGCUACUGAGUUUUUAUCUGUUUGUAAGUUCAGUUUUGGUUGAUUUAUAUUCUGAUAAAGAUGUAAAAGCUGCCUAAUCAUUUCAUAUUCUGUGUGUGCUACUUAGACCAAACACAAAGUUUUCUCUAAAAUAAAUGUGAAAGUGUAAUAGCCAUUGUUACAAUAUUUAUUCUGAUUGUUUGACAGGUACUCUGAAAGUGCGAGUAAAGGGUUGUCACGGUAUUCUGGAGAAUGUACCUGGCAGACUAAAGGACCCGUCAGAUGUUCACCCUGGCAGGAGUCCACGUCGAGGAAGAUUCUUAUUACUGAACUGGAUCAGAAGAAACAACCGUGGCAGCAAUCAGAACAUCCAAGAGACUUUUGACUUUUCUAGUACAGUGAUUUUUAUCUUAUUAAUCCCGUUGUGUACAGUGACGCUCAAAAUAUGGGGUAUCGAACCUUUCCCUCCAACAAUUGUUAAACUACAUAUCCCACCAUUUACUGACAGAAUUUAUAAUCCUAGUCCAGUAACAUUUGACUGGUCAUGGUUAGACAAAGUCUGUAUAGGAAACUUGGAUCCUUUAACUCGGUAAUGUUCCUGUUUGGGGAGAAUGGAG